GGGGCUGGUAGACUACAAGCACUUAGGGUUCCGAGUGAACCCAGCGGGCAGGCGGGCAUGUGAGUGGCCGAGCCUUAGUGAAAGGUAAGGUCUAAGGAAAGCUACGGGUCGCAGCAGACUUGCGUAUCAUACCCAAGGUAGCCCAUCCACUCACACCUCCAAUUCCACCACUAUCACCACCAUUGCCACCGCUCCUCCUCUUCCUUCUGCCCUCCAAACCCAUCACAGUGCGAUGGAGAACCCCCAAAGAUCGCUAGAGUCUACACGUGCUCGCUUCGAUCAAUUAGUCUCUGCGCUCACUGCAUUCAGCAAUGCCCUUCGCACUGAGCAGCUCCCUCCUUGGUAGGACCUCCUCCCCCACCUCAUCGCUCAUUAUUUCAUCAAAGGGUUAAUUUUCGGCUAUUGACUUUACCAUACACGCAGGCAAACUCUUCAAUCCCACUUUAACGUCCUAUCCUCAACACUAGAUUCCCUCUCCCACGCGCUUGUCCAGCAGUUCCCCCCACCUCAAGUAAACGCUUCUGCGCUGGUCUCUUACCCACUGCCGAGUUUCCCUGCAAACAGUCAGGAACUCUUACUAUCCACGCUUCUCAACAAAAAGCUCAACUCAACGGUCCAGGAUUGGACCCUCAAAGCCCUCAACGCCCCGACCGUUAAUAAUGACGACCUAUGGGAUAGGGCAAGGGAAAUUGUUCAGGAACAGCAGGAAGAGAGGAAUUGGUAUGAUGAUAUCUACAGCCUGGAAGAGCGGGAAGCCGGCACCGAGGGAAUCGAGACGGGAAUCAGUGAAGAAAAGCAGGAAAAGGAGGAGGCUAUACCGGGCUUGAAGUUGGAGGCUAUUCUGAGGUUUAUGGAGACGGGUGUUGCGCCAGCGGAUCAGCCGGCAUUGCCCAUGGCUGCCAUGCCUGGCACCGGCCCGAUGAAGAGAUGAUAGGAUUGACAGGCUCUACUGCAUCUGUGGAGGCUCUAUCCUGGGAUUUCUUGUAUUCUACAAAGUACAGUAAUGCGGGUGUUUAUCCUUUAAAGAACGGAGUUCACCUGUU